ACACCUCGAAGAUAUACCUUGAUUACUCAGAAUGGGACGCAGCAGUUGGAAGACCCAGAGCUGCCGUACGCGUCUGACACGCAAGGUCAAGGUGGGAUGUCCCCGAUCGCCGGACUCGCUGACAGACACUGAUGCCUGACCGAUCUGGCAUCCGCAGUGUGAUCGGGCGUGUCUGCGCUGCCAAUCCCCAGCCCGUCGCUGUGGUGGAUAUCAUGGCGUACGUAGUAUUCUCCCUACAGACGCCUCCGUCGGAUGGAACGAGCGAUCCCUGGCACCAGUCUCCUGUCUACUGGGUGGAGCUUUUCCCUACCUUCCUCCACUCGCAGUCGCCAGCCAUCAAGUCAUCGCUGUCCGCUUUAGUUCUGACGCACCUGGCCAAGUCCCGGAACGAGGACGCGCUGGCCCAUUGCGGAAGGGAUCAUUACAUGCAAGCGGUGCAGCAAAUAUGCACGCUGGAGGGGGCGGUGCAUCCUUGCGAUCUCAUCUGCACCGCCAUGAUUCUGGCACUCUACGAGCUCUACGCACGGCCGCUCGGGCAGGACCACGCAUGGAAUGUCCAUGUUCAGGCCGCCUGCAACUUGGCUCAGGUGGGUCUUUGGGAUCUGGGAUAUGGCAUUGUAUUGACAGUGCAGUUUCUCCGCAUGUGUGUCAACGUCCCAGAUCAGGCGUCUUCGAUAUUGCCCUCGCACGUGGAGCUGUUCACUGACAGCUUUGACUUGCUUUUGAAUACUUUAUCCGAGAUUUGUCAAUUCCGGACCGGUCUGCGCCCAAGUUUCCGCAGUGAGGUUACGUGGGACUCCGCUGCCGGCAUCCUCAGGGCGUCCACGUGUUUUGAGAACCGGCUUUUGUGUUGGUAUCACGAGUUACAGUCGAAAGCCAUCCAUCCCCUCUUCAUGGUCGGGCCAGCUACAGUGCCGCCCGUGCCAGUACACGCCCAGGAGCCGGAAGAGAUGAUUUUUUUACGGAUCCGUCUGCAAUAG